AUGGGUUCAAGUCUUCGCAAGCAACGCUCAAGAAGUAAUCAAGAAGAAACAUCUUCUCAACAAGGUCCAAUCUCAUCGUCAUUGAAUAGCAGCCCAACCGACGUAGAAGAUGCAACCAUGAGUGGCUCCAUUCUUUCCCAUAGAAAAGAAUAUGAAUUUUCCCGACAAGUGAUGAGAUCCGUUUUGGAUCAAGUCUUUCGGAAAGGACCUUUCGGUUUCAUUGCGCUUUCGGUUGAAUUGGAAUCCACUGGAGUGGAGAAUCAAGUUGUUCGUUCAACGUUAUCCGAGAAGCAAACAUCAUCUCAACCACAACAGCAUGGUAUUGUGUAUUUAGCAAAUGAAUGUUUGAAAAAUCAGAUGAAAUGUCAAUAUACAUUAUUUACAAUGUUGGCCAGUGGAAAUGAUACAUUUUGCACAAAAUUACAUUAUGAGAAUACUGGUAUGAAUACUUACUUUUGUGAUAUUGUUUUUAUUGUCAAUAACCAUAAUGGCAUUGUUGAGGAUGAUUGGAAGCAAUGUGUUCAUUCAUGCAAGGCGUUACUGGAACAAGUUGAAAGAGAUACCUCACCAAAUUCCAAGGUGGUUUAUAUGACUCCUCAAGCUAUGAGUUUAUGUGGUGUUUUGUCAAACUGUGUUUCAUUGACAUCUCAAUCGCAACAACAAACGAUUCCACAAGUGAGGUUUUCAUUUGGAAAAACCUCGCUACAGGUUGUCAAUUGUUUUUGA